GGUAUCGGGGCGGUACCGGGGCGGUGUAACGCGAGGGGCGGUGCCGGGGCUGUCUGAGGGAAUGCGGGCGGCCAAGAUGGCUGCUGCCACCGCCGCUGCCGCUGCUGCUGCCGGGCGUCACCUGCUGAGGAGCUGCAGCCAGCUGCGGGUGCCGCUGCGAUGGAGAGGCCAGGCCACGGCCGCCGCUGUGCCGGAGAGCACCAAGGCCCAGAUCCAGCCCCAGGAGCGAAAACCUAAGACGGGAAUCUUGAUGUUGAACAUGGGAGGCCCGGAGCGGCUGGAUGACGUCCACGAUUUCCUGCUGCGUCUCUUCCUGGACAGAGACCUAAUGACGCUUCCAGCUCAAAAUCAAUUAGCUCCGCUCAUUGCCAAGCGCCGCACCCCGAAAAUCCAGGAGCAGUACAGCAGGAUCGGCGGGGGCUCCCCCAUCAAGAAGUGGACGGCGGUGCAGGGAGAGGGCAUGGUGAAACUGCUGGACAGCAUGUCUCCUCACACUGCGCCUCACAAGUACUACAUCGGCUUUCGGUACGUGCACCCGCUGACGGAGGAGGCCAUCGCCGACAUGGAGAGCGAUGGCAUCGAGAGAGCCGUGGCCUUCACCCAGUACCCCCAGUACAGCUGCUCCACCACGGGAAGCAGUUUAAAUGCCAUUUAUCGCUACUAUAACGAGAAAGGGGAGAAGCCAAAGAUGAAGUGGAGCAUAAUUGACCGAUGGCCCACACAUCCCCUUCUCAUUCAGUGCUUUGCUGAUCACAUCCAGAAGGAGCUGAACCUGUUCCCCCCGGACAAAAGGAAAGAGGUGGUCAUCCUGUUCUCAGCGCACUCGCUGCCCAUGUCUGUGGUGAAUCGCGGUGAUCCCUACCCUCAGGAGGUGGGAGCCACUGUCCAGAGGGUCAUGGAGAAGCUCAACUACUCCAACCCUUACAGGCUGGUGUGGCAGUCCAAGGUUGGCCCAAUGCCUUGGCUCGGCCCCCAGACAGACGAGACCAUUAAAGGACUGUGCCAGCGAGGAAAGAAGAACAUGUUGCUGGUCCCAAUUGCAUUUACGAGUGAUCACAUUGAAACUCUGUACGAGCUGGAUAUCGAGUAUGCCCAGGUUUUAGCCAGAGAGUGUGGAGUUGAGAACAUCAGAAGAGCGGAGUCUCUCAAUGGAAACCCGCUGUUCUCCAAGGCCCUGGCAGACCUGGUGUGCUCCCACCUGCGCUCCAACGAGGUGUGCUCCCGCCAGCUGACCCUGUGCUGCCCGCUCUGCGUCAACCCCGUGUGCAGGGAGAGCAAGGCGUUCUUCAGCAGCCAGCCCCUGUGAGCCCCGGCCCGGGGCAGGGCUGGCCAGCAGCAGGCACAGCCUGCCUUUGGCUUCCUCCUCCCCAUCAUUUCUUUCUUUGAGAAGAGCUGUAGGAAGUAGGGGAAUAAGGGCAUUUCUCCUGUCGGGUGUGAGGAGAUGUCGUGUCACCGACCCCGGCUGGAGUUAGCGUGAGCCCAGCAGGAUGCACUGAAAACCUUACACGGCUUUUUUUACAAUUAGCUUCUAUUUCUAUGCAGGGAUUCCUUUGUAUGCAGGGUGGGCACCAGUGCACUCUCUGGCCAGCUCCAAGGUUCUUUUGCUUUUGUUUAAGGUGCACUCUGACCAGCACAGCCUGUUUGUUCUGAGAGGGACUUUGCAGCUGGCUUUGGAGAUUUUGGAGAUCAAGUGACUCCUAAUGCUUUUCAAUAAUGUGUGUGUAUAUAUAUACAUAUAUAUAUAUAUAUUUGGGUUUUUUUCAGAACUUAAGGCUUUGUUUUGGUUUGGUUUUCUCCUGCCAAAAACUCCGGUGAAAGCUUAGCUGGGAUAGUAGAACGCACAAAACUUGUUUACAUUUUCUAGGAAAAACAUUUUCAUUAUCUGCAGGAAAGCAUUUGAAGAGCAUAAAUUGAAAGGCAUUUGCCUGCUUGGGUGAUACUGGAGAAUUUGCUCCAUUGUGUUUCAAGUCUAGCAGGAGCACGUGUGGAAACGUGUUGGCUUAUCUGUUAAGCAGAACGGCUUUUAAAAUUCUUAUUUUUAUUAAAAAGGGCUUUUUGUGUUUGGUGAAGUAAAUUUAGGAAGUCAGGCUUGUUCUCCAGGGGGUUUACAGCUCUGCUCUGUGCUUUCUGCUGUGCUGCAGCAGUGUGGUUUUGUGGGAUACCUGUGGAGUGCCGUGGGUAGGGCUGUAAUUGCUGUUAUUUAAAGGGAGAGGAUCGGUCAGGAGUCACUCAGAGUUUCACACUGCAGAUCCCUGAGAGCAGGCAGGGCUCUCCUGAAAGGCUGCCAGCCCCAGCAGGGCAGGGCCCUGGCACUGAGUGACCCCGUGCCCUUGGGAGCCACACGUUUACUUGAUGUCCUUAGCACUGAAAUGCCAGGACCUGGGCACUGCAGCCUGGGCACUGCAGCCUGGGCACUGCUGCUGCAGCCUGGGAGCUGCUGCUGCUUCCUGGGCACUGCUGCUGUGCCUGGGAGCUGCUGCUGCUGCCUGGGCACUGCUGCUGCUGCCUGGGCACUGCUGCUGCUGCCUGGGCACUGCUGCUGUGCCUGGGAGCUGCUGCUGCUGCCUGGGAAUUGCUGCCGUGCUGCUCAGGUGAGGCACGAGCAGUUUGGAGCUCUGCUCUUGGGAGAACAGGGUGUUUAGAGAGAGAAGAGGCCUCCUGUGGUGCAGCAGGGGUUUGUGGAGUUCUGUUGGGUUGCUGGAGUUAAGGAUGGGGUGCUGGAGGAACGGCUGGAUGCUGUGGAGUGCUGUACAUCCCUGAUACCUCUGGAGAGCUGCUUGCUCACUGCCAUACCUGCUUCCCAGGGUGAGACAGAUUCCUCCAGUGCCAGAACCUCCUGCAGCACCCUGGCCCUCUCAGAAAGAAGUCUUCCUCGACCCUUCAUGCCUGUGCCUGUUGCAGGGAG